AUGACUCAACCUCCUGGGUUUGAGGAUCCCAUUCAUCCUUCCUAUGUUUGCAAGCUUAAUAAAGCUCUUUAUGGCCUCAAACAGGCGCCUCGCGCUUGGUAUAAUACUUUCUCCUCUCAUCUUCUUUCUCUUGGUAAUAAUUCUUCUCAUAUUUCAUCUUUAAUUACUCAACUCAAUUCUGUGUUUGCUCUCAAAGAUCUUGUUCCUAUUUCCUACUUUCUUGGCAUUCAAGUUACUCAUACUCCUUCUGGGUUAUUUCUUUCUCAGCCAAAAUAUGCUAUUGAUAUUCUUACUAAAGCUGGCAUGCUUGACUGCAAACCUUAUUCCUCUCCCAUGUCUCUGAAAAAUUCUGCUACUGCUGAUUCUUCUCUUCUAUUUUCUAAUCCUUCUCUUUAUAGGAGUUUGGUUAGUGUUUUGCAAUACUUAACCAUUACUCGACCUGAUCUUGCUAUUUCUGUUAAUCAAGCCUGUCAAUUUAUGCAUACUCCCACUAAUGGUCACUUUUGUGCUGUUAAGAGGCUUCUUCGGUAUCUUAAAGGCACUCUUUCUCAUGGCUUAUGUUUUACUCUUGGGUCUUUUGAUCUUCAAGUUUUCUCCGAUGCUGAUUGGGCUGGUGAUUCAUCUGAUCGUCGGUCUAUUUCUGGCUAUUGUGUGUUUUUUGGUCCCAAUCUUAUUUCUUGGGCCGCCAAGAAACAACCUACAGUUGCUCGCUCUUCCACUGAAGCUGAAUAUCGGUCUUUAGCUCAGGCCACUGCUAAAGUUUCUUGGCUUAAAAUGCUUAUUGCUGACAUGCAUGUUCCUUUAUCUAUUCCUACUGUCUGGUGUGAUAAUAUAUCUGCAAUCUCCCUUGUUUCGAACCCUGUUUUUCAAGCUUAG